UCUUCCGUCUCCCCCUGCUUCACCGAGAAAUGUCACUCCUUCACUCUCUCUCUCACUCGUCCGCUCUCUGCACGCUUCACCAUCGUCGUCAUCACCGUCGCUCCAUACUCCACCUCAACAAGCACCUCCGGAGGCCGCCCUCCACCCUCUCCUGCCGCAGCUAUCCGCGGACCCUCCCGUCCUCGGAGCAGGAAUUCCUGGAGGCCAUCGCCGACUCCGACGAAAGGCUGUUGCCCUGCGUCAGGACGUACGAGAACGACUCCGCUCGGCUCAGCCUCGUCGGGGCCGUCGACUCCCGGCAGGCCUUGACCGCGGCAGCGGCUGACGGCGGCGAGGCCGCGAGCGAGCACGUCCAGUCCGGUGCCCGCGCGAUGGUGGUCGAGACUGUGUAUCCUGGAGGCGCUGAGGGUCGGAGCACCGUUUCCACGCGAUUGUUUUUGCCAGCAAGGAAAGUUAAAGAGAAGGCAAGCCAACUUAAAAUUACCAAUGACAUGCUGGGCAGUUCAACAUCAAGGAACAUACUUGCCAUGACAUUUAGACAAGUAGUUGUGCAGCAGCUUUGGAAUUUUCAACUAGUAUUGUUUCAUCCUGGAGCUGACCGAAAUAUGGCAGAUCUUGAAAGCCCCAGAGAGGUCCCUUGGUCCUUUGCCCUCAGCUCAUUGGAUGAAGGAGUCAUUUCUAUGCUUGCUGAAGUUGUUUGUACAUAUGCUCUUUCAAGUACUGAACAACUUGUACUUGGCAAUGCACACGAAGAAUUUUUUAGAACUGUCUCUCGAUGGUUCAGGAAACCCGGAAGGUUUUCUUCAAAGGAUUCUUCAGUUAUUUUGUGGAAGUUAUUUGAAUAUGAUAUGGUUGAAAAUGCCACAAUUUUGCUGGAACAAUUUAGCGCAAGCAAGGGAAAAAAUCGGCUUCAUAAAUCAGGAUCUAAGCUCUUUGGGUGGAAGCAAGCUGUGCAGUCUAAACUGGAGAAGAUUGGUGGUCCUGACUUCUGUUCUUGGUUAAGUGAAUAUGUACCCGCCUACCGGCUACAAGUGGAUACUCAAAAGCUGAAGGAUCUGAAAUUAGACGGCUGGAGACAACUCGAUGGGAGUAUGCAAGAGGUUCUUUUGACGCAGUCCCAAAUGGCUGCAUUGACCAACAUACUAGAUUUGUUCUAUGAAGACGUAUAUACGCUGCCCACCAAAGAGCUUUCAUGUCACAUGGUCCUGAAUCCUACCAUCUUGUCCAAUGAAAAGUGGAGCCCAUCCUUAUUAAAGAUGCUUUCUCUUGCCCUUGCUGGUGUGAUUAUUGCCGUUGCUCUCAAAGCUUUUGGUCAAGGGUUUUUGCCUCAGUUUACCAAGGAAAAGAGAUACCUGAAUGGGCAUGGAACUCCUCCAUCUGAAAUUGACAGUUUGCAAGAUGAGCGGUCCGAUCAAGCAAAAGUAUAGCCUGAAGAUGACAACAGGAUUUCGUCUACCAUAAGCGCUUAUUGGAUCGGUCUCCGUCUUCGUCCCAUGCCAAGGAAACAUUGGUUAGUAUCCCAUGAAGUCACUAAAAUCAUCAAGCAGAGAUAUGCAAUAUUAGUAUCUGAAGCUGCCAUUUUAGUGAUUAGGCCGUGAAGAUAGGAUCAGACCUUGAGAAUUAUUUUUUGGUCUAAAGAUUUACUUAGGGUCCUUUGUUUUUUUUUUUUUUUUCCCCGUUCUGUUCUAAAAUUUGCUUAGAAGUACCGAAACAGUGUAUUUCAGCGGCUUGGUCGUCUUGAUUUUGUGACUACUGAUAGUCUACUUGUUUUGCCUGCUCUCCAAUGUAACAUUAUGGACUUUGGUUCACCAAUAAAUUAGGCUAGGAAGUAAAAUAAACUUUUCACA